AUGGCAAAUUUGGCGUCGACGGAUCUCAUCGAUACGCCAUCGGCGUACACGACGAAAUCCAACAAGAACCCCAAUAGCAUCGAUUUGCGUUCGGAUACGGUGACGCAACCGUCGAAAGAGAUGCGGCAGGCGAUGGCGGAAGCGAUCGUCGGCGACGACGUCUACGGCGAGGAUUCGACGACGACGCGGCUCGAAGAGAAAUGCGCCAAGUUGUUCGGCAAACCGGCGGGAUUGUUCGUCGUCAGCGGAACGAUGGGCAACUUGUUGGCGGUGAUGGCGCACUGCCAGCGAGGCGACGAGAUCAUCGUCGGCCGAUACAAUCACAUUCAUCGAUGGGAGCAGGGCAACUACGCGCAAUUGGGCGGCAUCAGCGCGACGACACUUGAGGUGAAGCCCGAUGGCACCAUGGAUAUCGAUGAUAUCGAGCAGGCGAUUCGCGUCAAGGAUUGCCAUAUGCCGAGAACUAAAUUAAUUUGCAUUGAGAACACCCACAAUUAUGUUGGCGGCAAAGCGCUUCCGAUUGAAUGGAUGAGACAGGUUCGCGAGUUGGCGAAUCGACGCGAUUUGAAGGUGCACAUGGACGGCGCGCGGAUAUUCAACGCGGCCGUCGCGCAGAAUCGCCGCGUCGACGAGCUCGCCGCGUUCGCCGACACCGUUCAGAUGUGCUUCUCGAAGGGUCUCGGCGCGCCGGUCGGCUCGAUUCUCGUCGGGCCCGUCGAGCUGAUUGCCGCGGCGCGCCACCUACGCAAGGCGAUCGGCGGCGGUUGGCGACAGAGCGGCGUGUUGGCGGCGGCGGCGCUCGUCGCCGUCGAUCGCGGCGUCGCCACGGUGAAGGCCGACCAUCGGCGAGCGGUGAUGCUGGCGCGAAUGAUCAACGAGGCGACGCCGGCGGCGCGCAAGAGCCAACUGUUCGCGCAAGAGAACGACAUCACCAAUAUGGUGUUGGUGCACUGCGAGAAUGGUGUCACCGUGCAGCAGUUUUGCGACUUCUUCCAAAAUCACGAUAUUCUGGUGAUGGCGUUCGACGCGAAACGAAUUCGGAUGGUCCUCAAUUGGGACGUCACCGACGAGCAUCUCGAUCGCGUUCUGCACGUCUAUGAAUCAUUCGUCGCCCAAUUGUAA